AUGGACGACUUGAGCAACGACGAAUAUUGGUGGGGUAUAGCCAAAAGGGCAGCCGAGGAUAUGAAUCCGGUGGAAAGCUUGGAGGCUAUUGUGUUGGAGGACGAUCGCCAGUGGCGCUCCCUUGAGCUGGCUAGAUUGCCAGCGGAGAUGUUCCUCGAGUGCUUUGAGCAUAUGACGAAUCGAGAGCUAGCUAAUUUCAGCCAGACUUGCAAGUAUCUGUAUCUGAUGCUUCGUCCACUGCUCCGAAAGAAAGCCCGGCAGUUUGCACUGGCAACCCUGGGUGAGUACCGUAAGCUGCUCUGGAUCGAUCGAAACGGCCGAGCCCUCUACAAGGACUGGCAGACAGAUCUAUACCCUAUUCCCUUCCGUGAGCCCCUCUUCGAAGCGGCUGAAGCUGGAAAUUACUCUCUUGUUGAGGGUUAUUUACGCGCCGGCGUGAGUCCCAAUGCCUAUGGGCUGGAGGGCUGGCCCUUACUGCCCUGGGCCGCGCGCAAUGACCGGUUGGAGAUAGUGCAACUGUUGCUGAAUCAUCCUGACAUUGACGUCGGGCUCGUGCCCGGUGAGGAUCAAUUGUUCCCCGAGUGCAGCCCACUGCCAUUGGACAUUCUGUGCAACCACCACUACUGCUGGAGCUCCCAUUCACAGAGAGAGCUCAUCCUGGUAGACUCCGUCGUUCGCUCGCUCCUAUCCAAAGGGGCCACAUUCGGGCACUUCAACGCCUUCCAGUACAUCAGCGCCAGCCCGCAUCGACUCCGGUUCAUGCGGGCGGCGAUGGAGAAUGGCUCCGAUCUCCGCGCCGUGGCCAUCGACAUGCUGCAGCCGACCUGGUAUCGCCGCUUCCCCCUCGCAAGGCACGCCGCUUGUCAGCCUGACCCGCGAUACCUGGAAUUUGUCGUGCGCGCGGCUCCCGAGAUUCUGGGGAACAUCGGGAAGUCCGGUUGGCGGAAAAUCGGCGGAAGGCGGCGGCCGGAGGCUUUCAAGAGGAAGGAUUGGAAGAAGUUGCUGCUGUGGCUGCAGCGGGUCUACGAUCUUGUUCCUGGGAGGGACUUCGACCGCCUCUAG